UUUUAUUUUAUUUUUUUUUAAAAAAAAAAAGACUAUUGCCCAACCUGAGUGCAGGCUCUAUUAGUGCAUACCUCUGGCUGUGUUAAAAAAAGGGGUUACUGGACCCUUUAACAUUCUGCAAAGCCUGCCAGGGGCCAUGAAAGGAUAAAGAAGCUGAUCGCUCUGUGGUGCUCGUAUUGGAGAACAAUGGAACAGUGCAGUUUUCUGUUAACAGGAGCACCAGCCCAGUGCAUAAGAGGACAAGAUGAAGAGGAGAGCAUCUGAAAGGGAUGUCGGAGAGACUUCAGCAAGGUCCAAAGCUCUCUGCAGUAGCAUCUCUGGAAGUAAUGCUAAGAGGGCAGGGCCAUUCAUUCUAGGGCCUCGCUUAGGAAACUCUCCAGUUCCCAGUAUUGUUCAGUGCCUGGCACGAAAGGAUGGUACAGAUGACUUUUAUCAGCUAAAGAUCCUGAGUUUGGAGGAAAGAGGUGAUAAAGCAGGGGAGACACAGGAGGAGAGACAGGGUAAAAUGCUUCUUCAUACAGAGUACUCCCUUCUGUCACUUCUUCAUAAUCAGGACGGAGUGGUUCACCAUCAUGGCCUCUUCCAGGACAGGACCUGUGAGAUAGUGGAAGACAUAGAAGCCAAUAAAUUAGUUCGGAAAAUGCGAAAACGCAUAUGUCUUGUGCUGGAUUGUUUAUGUGCACAUGACUUCAGUGACAAAACUGCUGACCUCAUCAAUUUGCAGCAUUAUGUAAUAAAAGAAAAACGACUGGGAGAGCGUGAGACUGUUGUCAUUUUCUAUGAUGUUGUUCGGGUUGUGGAAGCCUUACACAAGAAGAAUAUAGUACACAGAGACUUGAAACUGGGCAACAUGGUUCUGAAUAAGAGGACUCAUAGAAUAACCAUCACCAAUUUUUGCCUUGGGAAACACUUGGUGAGUGAAGAUGACCUUCUGAAAGAUCAGAGAGGAAGUCCAGCAUACAUCAGUCCUGAUGUACUCAGUGGUCGUCCUUACCGGGGCAAACCAAGUGAUAUGUGGGCUUUGGGAGUUGUGCUUUUUACCAUGCUCUAUGGACAGUUUCCUUUCUAUGACAGCAUACCUCAGGAACUGUUCCGCAAAAUAAAGGCAGCAGAAUAUUCAAUUCCAGAAGAUGGGCGAGUAUCUGAAAAUACUGUUUGUCUUAUUCGAAAACUGCUUGUCCUGGACCCCCUGCAGCGCCUAACAGCAUCUGAAGUUUUAGAGUCCCUUGGUGGCAUCAUAUCUUCAUGGCAGUCCAUGUCUUCUCUUAGUGGCCCGUUGCAAGUUGUUCCUGACAUUGAUCACCUGACAAGUCUGGAGAACUCUCAAGAGGCAAAAGUAACAGAGGAAUCCUCACAGUAUGAAUUUGAGACCUAUAUGCGACAACAACUCCUGCUGGCUGAAGAGAAAAACACAAUCCAUGAAGCCAAAAACUUCCCACAAAAGCAUCACUUCGGUAAUUUCCCCCCCAUCAGAAGACUGGGAUAUGAUGCUAAGCCUGUAAGCCCAUUGGAUGCUGCCAUAUUGGCUCAGCGAUACCUUCCUCCUCCACACAUGGCUCUCUCUAAUUCUCACUAGCGCAUUACAAUUCUGGACAAUUCACCCUUGGAAACCUUGUUGGAGGGAAGUAGUUUUCCUUGACGAAAAAAUUAUACGGUGCUAGAUAUCUCCUCCUUAGUCAUUCUUGCUUCCUUCCUGAUUGAAAACCUUGUACUCAUAUGUUUCCCAGUCUUAUGACGCCACCUUGAGUCCUAAAGCAAUAUUUUCCAGCACAAGAAUAUUGAUAUGAUGUAGCAUUUUUUUUAAAAACAGACUCUUGUACACACCAUGACUUUGUUUUAUAAGAUUUUUUUUUCUUUUUUAAUGGAGCAUUUGUUGAUUUCUUUUUUUUUUUUUUUGGAGUGCUGCUGUGCAUUUCAGACAGUAGUGCGCAGCACAAAAUUUUCAUGGCAUUAAGGGGUCUUCUAUGAAGUUAUCUUCAGUUGUUUUUUCCAUGCCUCCCUUUCCCAUCUUAGAGGGAAAACCCCUUUCCUUCACGAAGAAUCUGCCUUUUUAUGCAGAUAUAUACAUAGACAUUAAAUCUACCUCUGUUUUUUUAGCAUUGAGUUCUGUAGCGUGGGCACACCUGGCAUAAGAAAGUGUCUGCUUUGGAACAUUUGUUUGGUAUUCGUUGAGACAGUUUGUACCCCUUUAAACAAACAGGGUGACAUAACCUAGUUAAUGUGUACAUAUAUAAAUAAAUAAAUAUAUAUAUCCUUAUAUAGAGGUAUAUAUUUGAUAUUGAA